AUGGCCUCUACUGGUCAAUUACCGGACACACAAAGCCUUGUUGCCCUAGUCAAGACAUUGACCAACGCGCAGCUCAAAGAUAUCCUCAGGAACGAAGGGCUUGCUGUCUCAGGAGUGAAAGCUUCAUUGCAGCUACGGAUCAUUGACUACAUUGAGAGACUCAACCAAGGAGGCCAUGUUGAACAGUACGAUGACCUGAGGAAAUUCAUCUAUGCCACGGCACGUCGGCCAAUGCCUACGUCUCCAACCACGCAAGCAGUCUCCAACCAACACUAUCAACCACAUACUGUCAAUCAACCUUUGCUCACGCAGCAUAGACCUUCACCUUUGAGCAUACCAAUGCCAUCGCAUGGACACACAUCUGGUCGUUUAACUUUCAAAGACAGCCCAUUCUAUACCGUCAUAGAGCCAUUGACUUCUGCCUCAGAAUGCAAAGUACGCGAACAAACUAGGGACAGUGUGGAACUCAAAGUUAUCCUUACACCAACCGUAGCGACUAGGCUACAGGCGGAUCCCAAUAUCCGGGUGAUGGUGUAUUGUGCUGCAGACACGGGUCUUAAUCAGUAUACCAAAUCUGACAUCGCAUUUCCUCACCAAGUUGAACUAAAAGCCAACCUGGAUGAAGUGAAAGCCAAUCUAAGGGGCUUGAAAAAUAAGCCCGGUACAACAAGGCCAGCAGAUGUAACACAAUAUAUUCGCAAGAAACCAGGCUACCCGAAUAAUAUUGUCAUGACAUACGCCCUUACGCAAAAGCGCUUUUUUGUUUUGGUCAAUCUUGUCCAGCGACAUCCGGUCGAAGAGCUUGUUGCCGAAUUGAAACGGAGGAAGACAAUUUCGAAAGAGCAGGUCUUGCGAGAAAUGAGGAAUAAAGCUGGUGAUUCAGAUAUUGUCGCCACGUCCAGUGUUAUGUCGCUCAAGUGCCCUUUAUCAACGCUCCGAAUAGAGGUUCCCUGUCGUUCUGUAAUUUGCACGCACAAUCAAUGUUUCGAUGCAUCCUCGUUUUUGCAACUCCAGGAACAGGCCCCAACUUGGUCGUGUCCUGUCUGUUCUAAAGCGACGAGUUUUGAAUCGUUGCAGAUUGACCAGUACGUCGAUGAUAUACUUCGUUCAACUUCUCUAGAUGUCGAACAAGUUAUCAUAGAGCCAGAUGGUCAAUGGUCUAGCCCCAACCAGGAAGACUCUGCCAAAGUGGGCGGAUUUACUCCGGCGACAGAUGAUGACGACGAGUUGAUCGAAAUACGGGAACCCGGGGUUACGCCUAUCAAGCGAGAGUCAUUCCCACCUACAUCUCUUUACGUACACCAAACACCUACUCAGUCCCGAGAACCCUCAGCAACGUCAUCUGCAGCUUAUUUGUCGACAAACAAGCGUAAUGCUGCCCAGGUGAUCGACCUUACAGGAAGUGAUGAGGAGGAUGACACUCCGGUCAGACCCGUAAAGCGGCCAGCGUUUGAUCAGAUGAACCGGCCCUCGUCUCAGCAGGAAUAUUGCAACCCUUACAGCGGUGGCUAUGUUAACGGAGACAUCCAACUACCCAGCCAGCCUAGUUCUGAUUUUCUUAGUCAUGCCGGUGGUUAUGAUGCACGCAGUUAUUGA